AAGGCCAUAGAAAGUCUCUUCGAUGAGCUCUUCGAUGCCUUUGUUGUGUUUGAUUCAAACUCUGAUGGAAAGCUCCAUAAAACCGAGUUUUGUGAAGCCAUUCGGAAUUUGAAUGAGCCCAGUCUCAAAGAUAUUUCUGAUUCCGUGCUAGAAGACCUAUUUGACUACAUCGACAGCAACGCUGAUGGAAUCAUUACUUUAGAAGAGUUCCUAUCGACAUUCACCGUAGAUAAAAGGAAAGGAAAGGCGAUGCGCUCGAAUUUCAAAUCGCUGUUACAAGCUUUCAAGCGAAUGGAUGUCGAUCAUGACGGCAGGCUCUCUCGAGAGGAAUUCCGCAAAGGUGUUGAAAACAGGCUUAAGCUCAAGCUUCCUUCGAAAAUACUCGACGAAAUUAUCAGGAGAUCGGACAAACAAGGAACUGGAUUCAUUGAUUAUGAACAUUUUUUGGAG